UCGUUAAAGAGCCUGUGCGGCUGUGGGGAUUGCACCGUCUGGAGGAAUUUCAUACACCCACUCAAUCCUGGCAAAGAUGAAAUUGCCAAGUAGGAGACAAGGAGCAAAGUCCCAUCACAGCGGGAGGGGACGCCAGUGCCUGCUGAGGCUGAGCAGGGUAAAGGCCAAUGCCCCAGCGGCAGCACCACUCAGAGCUGGUCGGCCAUGGACGUCCUGGUCCCACUCCUGCAGCUGCUGGUGCUGCUUCUCACCCUGCCCCUGCACCUCAUGGCUCUGCUGGGCUGCUGGCAGCCCCUGUGCAAAACCUACUUCCCCUACCUGAUGGCCGUGUUGACCCGCAAGAGCAACCGCAAGAUGGAGAGCAAGAAACGGGAGCUCUUCAGCCAGAUCAAGGGGCUCAUGGGGGCCUCUGGGAAAGUGGCCCUGCUGGAGCUGGGCUGUGGCACCGGUGCCAACUUUCAGUUCUACCCAGCAGGCUGCAGGGUCACCUGCCUGGACCCAAAUCCCCACUUUGAGAAGUUCCUGACAAAGAGCAUGGCUGAGAACAGGCACCUCCAAUACGAGCGGUUCGUGGUAGCUCCUGGAGAGGAUAUGAGGCAGCUGGCUGAUGGCUCCAUGGAUGUGGUGGUCUGCACCCUGGUGCUGUGCUCUGUGCAGAGCCCAAGGAAGGUCCUGCAGGAGGUCCAGAGAGUACUGAGGCCGGGAGGUGUGCUCUUUUUCUGGGAGCACGUGGCGGAACCACAAGGAAGCUGGGCCCUCAUGUGGCAGCAAGUUGUGGAGCCCACGUGGAAACACAUUGGGGAUGGCUGCUGCCUCACCAGAGAGACCUGGAAGGAUCUUGAAAAGGCUGGGUUCUCCGAAGUCCAAAUGGAACGACAGCCCCCUCUCUUCAAGUGGCUACCUGUUGGGCCCCACAUCAUGGGAAAGGCUGUAAAGUAACCAUUCCCAAGCCCCAAGGCACUCAUUUGCUUCCUCCCCAGCCUCCAGUUAGAACAAGCCACCCACCAACCUAUCUAUCUUCCACUGAGAGGGACCUAGGAGAGUGAGAGAAGCCAUUCCCGUAUCACCUCCUAGUCCCUCUCUCCCCAGCCUCUGCCAGGGCAAUCUCUAGCUUCAAUGCCUCCUUCGACAGUGAAAAAGCUGUACUUCUACCCUGACUACAGGGAGGAAACGC